CAUUUCCGUGCCCCUCACGAAAAACAUGCAGGGGGUGGCAUUUGUCCAUCACGCGCACAACUAACCAGUCAUGACUUUAGCAGCAGGACUUCAGACUGAAGUCUGCAUCAUCGAUUAAGAGCCGCGAUCUCCAAACUUUCUCCCAAUUCAACGCCUGCGCAGACAAAACAAGCUCUCUCCGUUCGGCUCCUAUUUCUUUUUGUUGUUGUUUGUUUCUGUCAGCCAUGGAGGGAAAUCUGCAAGGAGGCAGCAACGACGCAGCAACACUGCAUGUGAAAACUGAAGCGGUGGAUGAAAAUGCAUCUGCGCUGGUUUUGGGCAGUCAGGAGUCGCCUGCGCCCUGCGGAGAUACCGCAUGCAGAGGAGGAGGAGGAGGAGUGGAACAGACUGCAGAGGAGCUGGCUGACACAGAGCUGCAAGCUGCCACGACAACUACUCCCGUACUGCUGUAUCCUGUCAGCACAGAGCGGUUCUUCACCACAUCUGGGGAUGGAAAAACAUACCUGAAGAUAGCUCCAGCUUCAGUGAUGCCCCCUGCUCCUUCAGAGAAGACGCUUUCCUCUGGCUCGGAUUUCUCCUCCAAAGCUGUUCUGUGUCUGAUUGAGGCCGUCGGACGCCGCUGGGGUCUCUAUGAGACUCGGGAACGCUCGCAGCUCUUCCAGAGUGUCCAGGAGGAGAUGGCCUCCAAGGGGCACGUACUUCCUGUUGAGAAAAUCCGACGCAAGUGGAACAACCUUAUUGUCACGUACAAGAGGGUUAAGGACCGCAGCCGGGAGACGGGACACGCUAAGACGUCCUGGGAGUUCUUUGAUUUGAUGGACGCCACCCUCUGUGACACCAUUGGCACUCAGAUCGUCAACAACAAACGAAACAAAGGCAGCAACACAGCUCCUACACUCUCUGCUCCUUUGGCUAAGAUCGCUGCAAAGCCGCUGCAGCAUCCACAGCUUCCACAGCCGACCACCAUCAUCCGCCCUGGUGGUGACUUUGCUGCUGGUGGUGGUGUGGAGUCAGUAGGUCUGGGGUCCAGUGCUAGCACUGCUGCCAAUACCUCGGCGACUGCAGCAACCAUUAGCUCAACAAAUGCUCCAGACCUCAAGCCCCUGAUAGUCCUCAAUGGUGACAUUGUUACCACUAGUAUUCAUCCAGCCACCAUUGUCCCGGCUCCUUCUUUUAUUUCCUCACCUUGUUUUACAGAAACAGCCUCCACAUCCCCUUCACUUGUAGCAGCUAGCAACACAGACCUCAACACGUUGGGCUUUGCAAGCCGUAAAGCUCCAUCCAUCUCAUCAGGUGUCAUACCUUUCCGCCUAAGUACAGCAUCGCUUACCCAAAGUCAGAACCUCCUUGGCAUCUCCUCUUCAUUCCCCCUCACAUCCUCCUCUCUCACUUCUUCUGUUGCCACCUCUUUGUCUACAACAACUGUGUCUGGAACUGAAGGGCAGAACCAGAAAGAAAAAGGAGAGCAGAACAGCAUCACUUUGUUCCAGGAGAUUCUGAAGCGACAGGAGGAGCAGGCCUACCUGGAUCGAGUGGCUCGCCGCAGGGUUGAAGCCAGAGAGAAGAGGCGCGAGAGGAGGGAGGUGCGAAUGUCAGAGUCCCUCGGAAGGAUAGCCACAGCCCUGGAGCUGCUCUCCUCCAAACAGGACACAGUCAUUGCCCUCCUGCAGAGACUGGCCGAUCGGAAAUAAUCUACGAUGAAGGGCUGGAAAGUAGAAGCUCCUUUUUUUUUUUUCAUAAGCUCUACCAAGCUCCUGCUUAUGAAGAUCUCCUGUGCCAUGUUUGCUGAGCAUAA